GGGUCGGGUUGACUGUGGGGUCAGAGUAUGCUGAGUAAAUAGAAGCGCACACGGUCGGGUACUGACCGGCCUGACUCGGGCGAGGACUGGAAUCUAGAAGCUUCCAAUUUCGAAUCUUUUGAAGUGGCCAGUGGAACGAGAUGCCGUUAGGUCGCUAGUGUCCAUCAGGGAGGGCAAUCGACUUGUUCCCUCCCUCGCGCGACAGCGUCUCCUCCGCUCGUGCGCAGCAUCUCCUCCGCGCGCGGGUGGCGUCGCGGCUGCGCUCGCUCGGUGCCGACAUCCCCCCUCGCGACUUGGCGAGGGAGGCAGCGCCCACGGUUGGUGGGUGGGGGGAGGUGCCUGGCAAACUUGGUUUGUUUUGGCGCUCCGCACCACUUUAAGAAGUUGCCUCUCCGCUCUGUGAGCCAUGAAGAAAUUCUCACGCAUCUCGAAGCCCGAGGGUGCGGGUUAUGUCGGAGCUGGAGGUGGAGGAGGAGGAGGAGGAGGCGGCGGCGGCGGCUCGUCGACGGGAAGUGCCGCCAACUACCUGGGCAGAGUGUUCAGCGUGGGCCGUUACCAGGUGACGGUGGAGGAGCUGAUCGCCGAAGGUGGAUUCUCCAUCGUGUUCUUGGCUCGAACUGUCAGUGGUGUACGUUGUGCCCUAAAACGCAUGUAUGUUAAUGAUGCCUAUGACCUGAACAUCUGUAAAAGGGAAGUCACUAUUAUGAAAGAGCUCUCGGGCCAUAAAAAUAUUGUUGGUUAUUUGGAUUGUAGCAUUACAUCAAUUGGUGAUAAUGUUUGGGAAGUGCUUAUUCUCAUGGAAUAUUGCCGUGCGGGACAAGUAGUGAACCAAAUGAACCAGAGGCUGCAGACAGGUUUUGCUGAAACAGAAGUUCUGCAGAUUUUCUGUGAUACCUGUGAGGCAGUUGCAAGGCUACAUCAGUGCAAAACCCCAAUCAUUCACAGAGAUCUUAAGGUUGAAAAUAUUUUGUUAAAUGAUAAUGGAAAUUAUGUACUGUGUGAUUUUGGAAGUGCGACUCACAAAAUUCUCAAUCCACAAGUACAUGGUGUCAGUGCUGUGGAGGAUGAAAUCAAGAAAUAUACAACGUUGUCUUAUAGAGCCCCUGAAAUGAUUAAUCUUUAUGGAGGAAACUCAAUCACAACAAAAUCUGAUAUAUGGGCUCUUGGAUGCUUGCUGUACAAACUAUGUUUCUUCAUUCUACCUUUUGGAGAGAGUCAAGUUGCAAUCUGUGAUGGGAGCUUUACUGUGCCAGACAACUCCAAGUAUUCUCAGAAGUUGCACUGCUUAAUGCGUUACAUGCUUGAACCAGAUCCAACCAAGAGACCUGACAUUUACCAAGUUUCAACUUUUGCAUUUAAAUUGACUGGAAAGGAAUGUCCUCUGCCAAAUAUAUUUAACGUUCCUAUACCAACAGUACUUCCUGAGCCCAUGACCGCCAGUGAGGCAGCUGCCAAGAAGAGUCAAACAAAAGCUAGGCUAAGUGAGGCAGUAGGACCAACAGAGACAUCAAUAGCCCCAAGGAGAAGACCAAAAGCCACUGGUGGUGCUGUAAAUACAAAUGUUUUACCAAUCCAGAAAACGGUAACUCCAAUGAAAACUGUAAUCUCAAGUGCCUGUGGAAACCUUGGCCGAAAAGCCACUGCACGAGCUGAAAAUGGACAUUUCUUUCAUAUGGCUCAGGGGACCAAUCAACAGCAGCACAGAGUCCUGCAGCAGAUACAACAGGGAGACUUGAAGCAACAUCAACUCCAACAGUUGCAGCAGCAACAGAUAGUUAAUUGUCAGACCCAAAAGUAUCCACAGGCUUUGCAGCCAUCAGCACAGCAAUUACAACAGCAACAAUUAAUGAUGCAAUCAACGUAUUAUCAACAGCAGCAAAUGCUUCCCUAUUCAGCUGUGCAGGUAGAACAACAUGAACAGGCAUUUGUACAAUCUCCAGUUGCUGUCCCACAGCAUUCACAAUUUCAGUGCUCACAACAUGAAUACCAAACUACUUCAAUGGCAUUUGUUUCUCCAACCUCACCAAUAUCCCAUCAACCUGCUGGCCAUUAUAGGAUCCAGAGUGAUGUCUCGCAUGGUUUGGCUUUUGUGGUUACUGGCAAUAACUCUAUGCAGCCUGUUGGAACAAUGACAGUUGAAUCUUCCAAUAAAUCAGUUAGGCCAACUUCUUUAGAAAUGGAUGGUAUUCUCAAUUGUCCUCCGCAGAAUAUCAAUAACCCUCCUGACAUGUCUGGAUGGAAUCCAUUUGGCGAGGACAACUUCUCAAAUUUAACUGAGGAAGAGCUGCUUGAUAGGGAAUUUGACCAGCUCAGAUCAUAUAUGAGUGGUAAACCAGAGCAGAGGAGAACAUCUAUCGAGACAGAAAUUGAGCCACAUCCAGUUCCCCACACCCCAGUUAAAGAAGAUUUGUUUGGCUGUAUUCCAUUUGUUUCUGAAGCAGGUUCAAAUGGAAGAAGUGAAGAAAAUGCACCAAUUUCAAGUACUGUUUCAGAGUGUGGAUUUAAAAUUGACAAACUAGGACAUGGUGUCCUGCCACUUAAUUGUCAGAGCAAGGAAGAGAGAAAAAAUGACUCAAAUUUAAUCAUGCAGCAGGACCAUAAUAAGAAAAGUCAAGACUCUGACAGUGAUUUUGAGUCUGACCCACCUACCCCUCAGAGCAGUGAAGAAGAGGAACAAGAGGAGGAGGAGUUCCACAGUGAACAAGGUGAAUUCAUUGAUGUAGAAGCAGAAACCUUUGGGCAGAGGCCUCUGCUAAUGGACUCUGAUGAAGAUGAAGUGGAUGAGGAAGAAAAACACAGCUCUGAUUCAGACUAUGAACAGAAAGAGAUGUAUACUAUAGCAGAACCUGGUUUAGAAUACAAUGCUGAUGCUGAAAGUAUUGCAAGUGCAGAAUCAGCAACAGCUCUCAUCACCCCUCCAGAUUCACCUCAAGUUAAAGGGAGCAUACCAUUACAGGGUGAAGUUGAUAUAUUUGGUGCUGUGCCAUUUGUUGGUUUGCAUCAGCCUGCACAGCCCAACGAAAGAUUGGAAAGUAAAGAUAAUUUUCAGAAGAUGUGCUUCAAAUCAGUCACUCAUAAAGAGCAGGAAGAGUUUGAUGUAUUCAGUAAUGCACCUUUUACUAAGAAAUUACCUCAAACUGUUCAAUAUAGUCAGGGUACUCUCACACAAACACCACCUAUUUCACCUAAUGAUGUAGACAUGUUUGGUUCCACUCCAUUCCAGCCAAUUCAGGCUAUACAGUACACAAAGGAAAGCAACGAGGAUGUGUUUGGGCAUGUUCCUUUUGAAGAGAUCACAGCCAGUCAACUGCACAAGAUGAAGCAACGCAGUUUACAGAAGCUUUCCUCUCGGCAACGGCGUACCAAACAAGAAUCGUCUGGUGGAACUGGCAAGCGACAUCAUGGCACACCAACGACGAUGAGAAAAUCUUCCAAACCUACCUAUAGAACUCCAGAGCGGGUGCGUAGGCACAAAAAAGUAGGGAGGCGGGAUUCACAAAGUAGUAAUGAACUCCUUAAUAUAUCUGACUCUAAAGAGAAUAUUGGUGUGGCGCUUACUGAUGGAAAGGAGAAAUGUCAGUCAUUGCCUGCUGAUGAAAGCCUGCUCGAUCCCUUUGGUGCCAAACCAUUCCAUCCACAAGAACUUCUAAGAAACACUCAGUAUCAAGGGCUAAGUGAUUGUCGAGGAGAACACCUUCCAGUUGCGAACAGAUCUAGACCAGGUUCUGUACAUGGGACAUUUCUCACUGGAGAAGGGCUAACAACAGAUGAUUUUGGUGCAGUGCCCUUUACUGAACUAGUAUUAUGUACUGUUACACAGCAUCACAGUGACUUUGAUCCAUUUGGUGCAGCACCAUUUCCUUCCAAACAGUAAAAUAAGUAGUCUUCCAGUACAACAGAUUCCAUAUGUACAUUGUUCAAAACUCAUUUUCCACCAUAAGGCCUUAUAAACUUUUCCCCAAUGCUACACAAUACCUCCGAGCCAUUGUAGAUGGGGAUAUCCCAGCUGACACUCUCUCUUUCAAUUUUUAUUUCCAUUAUCUGGAAUUAGAUUGUGUAAGAUUUGUUUCAUUCUUAAUUCUACAUUUUACAAAAUUUAUAACUUACUGCAACAAAUCUGUUUUUUUUAAAUUAACCUUAAAUUGUAGUGAAAAUGAUCAUGAUUGUUACAAAACAAGACUGCAACUACCCAUUAACCUUUGAGAUUGAUAUUAGAAAGGGAUUUGAUGCCUUCAGACUAUGGAAUUUGAUUAUGUAAAUUACGUAUUUUGGUUUUUGAGGUGAAGGGUUUCAGAAUGAAUUCCAAUGUGGAAUAUACUCCUAAUCCUCAGACUAGCAUAAUGUCAGAAUAUGUUUUGCUGCUAGUCAAGUGAUCAGAAUAUCCAGCCACAGUUUUAAAAAGUCAAGGCUUAUAUGCUUAAAGCUGGAUUUGAAAUGCCCCUGUAUUUUUGUGUUUUAAAGCUUGUGUUCAGCUAUGCUGCUUGUGUGUGAAUGGAAAUCAAACAUCCAGCAUAUAGUCUAUUUUUAUUGCUGCGAUAAAAGUUUAAAAAGUGCACUUUUCAGACUUGGACUUGAAAGUGAGCAAGUCUCCUUUUUCAUAUUAUUAGUUUAAUUAUAAUUUGUUAAAUCUAUCAUUUGUAUUGAUCACAGUCUGCUUUAUGGUUUUCUUUCCAUUGCUUAACACACUGAGAGC